GCGGCCACUCCAAAGUGCCCCGCCCCCAACCUUCCCGGGUGCCCAACCGUCGUCGUCUGUUGUUGCCAUCUAGUGGCCGCUGCCUCCGUCAUGGCUGAGCCUUCCUCUAAGCCAACCUCGGAGGAAGACCAGAGCACCCAGGAACCCAAAGAGGCCAGCUCCUUGACGGCCCAGAAGCAGGAGAAGCGACGGCGCCGAGGGUCCCGCCGAGGGUCCCGCAGGUGCCACGCCAACCGCGGCCAGGACAGCUUCGUCACCUAUUUCCCCUCAGCGCUGAAACAGGUUCACGAGGGCCUCAGCCUUUCCCAGGAGGCCCUGAGUGUCAUGGAUUCUAUGAUUCGUGACAUAUUGGACCGCAUCGCCACCGAGGCUGGUCGACUGGCUCGCUACGCCAAGCGCGUGACCAUCACCCCCCGGGACAUCCAGAUUGCUGUGCGCCUGCUGCUGCCGGGGAAGAUGGGCAGGUUCGCGGAGCUCCAGGGCACGAAUGCCAUCCUCAGAACUUCAUUAGGUGCGUUAUGGAAACAGAGAAAGUGA